GGCGGCAGGCGCAGCGGCGCGGCAGGCGCAGCGGGCCGCGGCCAUGGCGGCGGGCAGCGCCAUCCAGAUCCCCAGCCGCCUCCCGCUGCUGCUCACCCACGAGGGCGUCCUGCUGCCCGGCUCCACCAUGCGCACCAGCGUGGACUCGCCGCGCAACAUGCAGCUGGUGCGCAGCCGGCUGCUGAAGGGCACCUCGCUCCGCAGCACCAUCAUCGGCGUCAUCCCCAACACCAGCGACCCCACCUCCGACUGCGAUGACCUGCCCUCUCUGCACAGGAUUGGCACUGCUGCCUUGGCAGUUCAAGUGGUUGGUAGCAACUGGCCCAAGCCACAUUACACGCUGCUGGUGACAGGCCUCUGCCGAUUCCAGAUCCUGCAGCUGCUGAAAGAGAAGCCGUAUCCUGUUGCUGAGGUUGAGCAGUUGGAUCGACUUGAGCAGUUCACUAAUCAGCAUAAAUCAGAGGAGGAGCUUGGGGAGUUGUCAGAACAAUUCUACAAGUAUGCAGUGCAGUUGGUUGAGAUGCUGGAUAUGUCUGUUCCCGCAGUUGCAAAGCUCAGACGUCUUCUGGACAAUCUGCCUAGAGAAGCUUUGCCAGAUAUAUUGACUUCUAUCAUCCGUACAUCCAACCAAGAGAAGCUUCAGAUUUUAGAUGCUGUUAGCCUGGAAGAACGGUUCAAGAUGACUAUACCAUUGCUUGUUAGACAGAUUGAAGGCCUGAAGCUACUUCAGAAAACAAGAAAACCCAAACAGGAUGAUGAUAAAAGGGUUGUAGCUAUUCGUCCUAAUAGAAGAAUCAAUCACCUUCCAAGCACUGCAGAAGAUGAGGAGGAAGAAGAAGAUCAUGAUGAUGUUGUCAUUCUGGAAAAAAAGAUUAGAGCAUCCAGUAUGUCAGAACAAGCUUUUAAAGUUUGUCUUAAGGAAAUAAAGAGAUUAAAGAAGAUGCCUCAGUCAAUGCCAGAAUAUGCUUUGACAAGAAAUUACUUAGAACUGAUGGUGGAGUUGCCAUGGAACAAGAGUACAAAAGAUCGCCUCGAAAUUCGUGCAGCUCGAAUCCUUUUGGAUAAUGAUCAUUAUGCUAUGGAGAAGUUGAAGAAGAGAGUUUUAGAAUACUUGGCGGUCCGACAGCUUAAAAACAACCUCAAGGGACCCAUUCUUUGUUUUGUGGGGCCCCCAGGAGUUGGUAAAACUAGUGUUGGAAGAUCAAUUGCAAAGACUUUGGGUCGAGAAUUCCACAGAAUUGCUUUAGGAGGAGUCUGUGAUCAGUCAGAUAUUCGAGGCCACAGGCGCACCUACGUUGGCAGUAUGCCUGGCAGAAUAAUCAAUGGGCUGAAGACUGUUGGGGUUAACAAUCCAGUAUUCCUGUUAGAUGAGGUUGAUAAACUGGGGAAGAGCUUGCAAGGGGAUCCCGCUGCAGCCUUGCUUGAGGUCUUGGAUCCAGAACAAAAUCACAGUUUCACCGAUCAUUACUUAAACGUAGCCUUUGAUCUGUCUCAAGUGCUUUUUAUAGCUACAGCCAACACUACAGCUACUAUCCCACCUGCUCUGCUGGACAGAAUGGAGAUUAUUCAAGUUCCAGGGUACACACAAGAAGAAAAAAUCGAAAUUGCACAUAGGCACUUGAUUCCUAAACAGCUUGAACAACAUGGUCUGACUCCACAGCAAUUACAGAUUCCACAAGUAACCACUUUGGACAUAAUUACCAGAUACACUAGAGAGGCAGGAGUCCGCUCUCUGGAUCGGAAGCUGGGAGCAAUUUGCAGAGCGGUGGCAGUGAAAGUGGCAGAAGGACAGCAUAAAGAAACAAAGCCAGAUCGUGCUGAAGUGGAUGAAGGAGAAGAUUGCAAAGAGCAUGUCACAGAAGAUGCAAAAACGGAAUCCAUCAGUGACACGGCUGACCUGGCUCUGCCACCUGAAAUGCCCAUUUUGAUUGAUUUCCAUGCUUUAAAAGAUAUCCUGGGGCCACCCAUGUAUGAAAUGGAGGUGUCUGAACGCCUGAGCCAGCCAGGAGUAGCCAUCGGCUUGGCCUGGACGCCCUUAGGCGGGGAGAUCAUGUUUGUGGAGGCGAGUCGCAUGGAUGGCGAAGGGCAGCUGACGCUGACGGGGCAGCUGGGGGAGGUGAUGAAGGAGUCGGCACACCUGGCCAUCAGCUGGCUGCGCAGCAACGCCAAGCGCUACCAGCUCACCAACGCUUCUGGAAGUUUUGAUCUCCUUGACAACACUGACAUCCAUCUGCACUUCCCAGCUGGAGCUGUCACAAAAGAUGGACCAUCUGCUGGUGUUACCAUAGUAACCUGUCUUGCUUCACUCUUCAGUGGGCGGCUGGUGUGUUCAGAUGUAGCCAUGACAGGAGAAAUUACACUAAGAGGCCUUGUUCUUCCAGUCGGAGGCAUUAAAGACAAAGUCCUGGCAGCACACCGAGCUGGACUGAAGAGAAUUAUCAUUCCUCAAAGAAAUGAAAAAGAUCUUGAAGAAAUUGCAGCGAACGUGCGGCAGGACCUGACUUUUGUCCUGGCCAGCUGCCUGGAUGAAGUGCUGAACGCGGCCUUCGACGGCGGGUUUGCAGUUAAACCCAGAGCUGAGCGUCUGAACAGUAAACUCUGAGCAGCCAGCAAGGCUGAGAUGGUUUCUGUAUCAAAUUUAAUGGAGAUCCGUAACUAUCAGCUAAACAUGUAUCAAGUAUAACCUAGAGCUAAACUUGAUUGUUUAAAUGGGGGUGCAAACGCAAUCAAAAUAGAAACGUUACUUCAGCCAUUACCAACCUGGAACCACCUCUGAUGGGGCCUUUUCACGUGCCAUCAGCAAAGAAUCUUGAACGCUCCCUUUCCUGGUAAGAGCCAAGCAUGAGAAAGCUGAAGCUGUUGAGAAAGAAUUCCUUAGCUUAUGGAGCACACACACAUAGCCAUGUCCACAGGGGCCAGGCCCACCCAGGGGGAAGGACGUGGAGUCGGGAGACCUGGCCUGGCAGCAGCCACAGCACAGCAAGAGGCGUUUUGGGAAGGGGCUGUUACCAAAAAGCAAAUGGAUUUAGCGCAAGAGUUGAGCGAUUUGGGAAAUACCAGUCAGUGUGCAAAGGAGCACCAGCAGCACGGGAAAAAUAACGGGUUUGGAAUCUCAGAAUUCAGCUCCAUGGCUCUGAAGAGAAGCCCCCUGGUCUAAGGUAGCACGUCCUUUCAGCAGGUGGUUCCAGGCUGCAGUAUGGGGGAUGCAGAGAUUGCUUUUCAAACCUCAGUGCAGGAAGCAGCUCCAGAACUGACAUGUUUGGUGGGGGCGGAAGGUCCCGUAUACACACUUGUACAUACAGCAGCAGGAGGAGGAGGGUACUGGGAAAAGCCUGGUACCGUUUCCGAGGGACAAAGUACAAGUUCAUUCUUACCUGACACAUCACCAUGAUGCUGGGCUGCCUAUGGGUGGAGUUCAGCCUAUAAAAGUUACAUCCAUUUAAACAAGGCCAAGAAGCUCCUGGAUCAUUAAAUGGCAUUAAGUGCUGCACACUGGGAAUAAUUUCAGGUUUAAGAAAGUCUGUCAGUCGGCCAGCUGCUGGCUUUGGCACCUGCCUUCCCUUGAACGAUAGCAAAGGUAGACACUUAAACUUACAUAAUGUAAGAUCCUCGACUUCUUCCCUGUUCCAGAGAAGGGUCAAGCACAAGGGCAAACCCAGGAUGCUCCAGUCUCUUCCUGCUCAUUAAUUCUGAAAACAACUCCUGUGUGCUUAAGAAACGCAAAGGGUGUUGCUGACAGCAGCCUACUGCAGAAGCAGCCUGCACAUCAACAGUCAUUCUUUGGUUUGCUUACAUUGCCAUAGAUGGAAAGUUGAUUUACCUGGAACAUAAUAGCACUGGUAGUAACAAAUUCCAUGGGUAGUUCUGCACCUGAUUUACAGAAGAUUUUAUAACUUUCACAGAAGACUUCACCUAAUAAAAUGAUAAGAAGAAAACAC